AUGUGCUGUACCACCUUCGGUGCCUCUGCGUGGACGCCCGGCCUGUCAUCCCUGUUCACCUCGGUUUUUCUUUUUGGUAGGUCAGUGAGCAAUUUCCUGGUAACAGGUCCCAAGGCCUAUCUGACGUACGCCACCAGUGUGGCCUUGGGUGCUCAGGCUGGCAUGGAAGAGUGCAAGUUCCAGUUUGCCUGGGAGCGCUGGAACUGCCCCGAGCAUGCUGUCCAGUUCUCCACCCACAACCGGCUGAGGGGAGCCACGAGAGAGUUGUCCUUCCUUCAUGCCAUCCGCUCUGCUGGAGUUGUGUACACCAUCACCAAGAACUGCAGCAUGGGUGACUUUGAAAACUGUGGUUGUGAUGGGUCAAAAAAUGGAAAAACAGGUGGCCAUGGCUGGAUCUGGGGAGGCUGCAGCGACAAUGUGGAAUUUGGGGAAAGAAUCUCCAGACUCUUCAUGGACAGUCUGGAGAAAGGAAAGGAUGCCAGAGCUCUGAUGAACCUUCACAACAACAGGGCCGGCAGGCUGGCAGUGAGGGCCUCCAUGAAGAGGACCUGCAAAUGUCACGGUAUCUCAGGAAGCUGUAGCAUCCAGACGUGCUGGCUGCAGCUGGCCGACUUCAGGGAGAUGGGAGACUAUCUAAAAGCCAAGUAUGACCGCGCGCUGAAAAUUGAGCUGGAUAAGCGCCAGUUAAGGGCUGGCAACCGAGCCGAGGGCCGCUGGGCUCCCACGGAGCCCUUCCUUCCCAGCGCAGAGGCUGAGCUGGUCUUCCUGGAGGACUCUCCUGACUACUGCUCCCGCAAUGCCAGCCUGGGCAUCUAUGGCACAGAGGGACGCGAGUGUCUGCAGAACGCCCGCGGUGCGUCCAGGUGGGAGCAGCGCAGCUGUGGGCGCUUGUGCACCCAGUGCGGGCUGCAGGUGGAAGAGAGGAAAACAGAGGCUGUGAGCAGCUGUAACUGCAACUUUAAAUGGUGCUGCACCGUCAAGUGUGGCCAGUGCAGGCGUAUAGUGAACAGGUACUACUGCACACGUCCCGCGGGUAGUGGCCGGCCCCGGGGUAAGGGAAAGGGCGGUGCUAGAUAACACCACCACAAAUUCUCUAGCCAUCCAGUUGGACGACAGUGGAGGUGGGGACACAGCUUCUGGCCUAGCGGACACAGACUGGAAAGCAACUGAGACAUCCAUCACCACAGGGUUGGUCUUAUGAGAGCUGCCAUAGAUCACAGGGCCUCUUCACAGAGCUCAAAUCGGAACCUGCUUCUCUGACUUGUGCCCCGCCCCCCCCCCCUUUCCCGCGCCUUUACUCCUGGACUUCUGCAGCUUCUUAAAAGAGGAGUUUGCUUUGGAGUGCACAUCCAAAGGACCCUCAAAGAAUUUGUUCCGUCCAGCUGCGCUGCUGGGAGUUGGAGGGAAGAGAAGCAAAAGGAAAACAGUUCCAGAAUUGGGGUGAUGGCUCAGUGGUUACAAGCGCUCAUUGGUUGACCUUCCAGAGGACUUGAUUCACUUCCAGGCGCCCACUUCCAGUUCCAGGGGCUCCAAUGUACUUCUCUGGUCUCGUUGGUCAGCAGGCACGAAUGUGCACAGACAUCCAUGCAGGCAAAAUAUCUAUGCAUAUAAAAUAAUAAAGUAAAACUUUAAUUUAAAAGGAUCAGAGUUUUGUUCAGACCUGGGAAGGAGCGCCCUUCCUCACUUCUGACCCAUUGAAAGCUCUUGCUGAGGGGGCGUGGGCUGGGACCAGCUUCUCCGACUGUGAGCUGCUUAGUGUGCUGGGGGUUUCCAUCUGCUUAUACACUUAGAAACAGGUCCCCCGGCUAAACCUUAAGGAAACCAGGACCCAGCGUGACCGGAGCCAAAAGGACAAUGAGUGGGCAGGUGACCAGGACUCACCAGACAACAUCCUAGAAGAAGAGUACUUCACCAGAGCUAUAGAACAUCUCGACUCUGUUAUUUUCCCAAAUUGGAAACUCAAUGUCAUUUGUAAUAAAUGCUUCUAGGAUUUAUUGAGACAGUACUUUUGUUGUAAAAAAAAAGAUGUUUCUUUUCAUGUGUGUGUGUAUAACUGUUUUACCUGCAUGUAUGUCUGUGUGCCACGUGCCCGUGGAAGUCAGCAGCAGAACUGGAAUUACAGGUGGUUGAGAACCACCAUGUGGGUGCUGGGAAGUGAACUCAGGUCCUCUGCGAGAGCAGUUGGUGCUAUUUUUUGUUGGUUGCUUUGUUUGAAGACAGAGUUUCUCCGUGUGUAGCUCUGGCUGUCCUGGAACUCAAGCUGUAGACCAGGCUGGCCUCGAACUCACAGAAAUCUGCCUGCCUCUGCCUUCUGAGUGCUGGGAUUAUAGGUGUGAGCCUGGUGUGGUUGCUGCUCUGAACCACUGAGCCAUCUCCCCAGCCCUAGGACUUCUCUUUUUUGGUCUCUCUAAUCCAGACUGGCCUCUCCUAAAACUCAAAGAUGACCUUGAACUCUUGACCUCCUACCUCCACUUUCAGAGUGCUGGAGUUAUCCCCACCACACCUGGUUUAUGUGGUGUUGGGAUCGAGUUUAGGACAUCACAUGCUCCUAGGCCAGCUCUCAGCCGGUUGAGUCAUCCUCGGGCCUCAGCUGGGACCUUUUCCUAAGCCCUUUAGAAAACCGGGGAUCACCAGGCUAUGGAGAAAACGGAACACUCAAGUGAUUUCAGUAUUUGACAGGAAGUAAAAUCAAAACUGAGUGUGGCGGUGCAUGCCUACAGUAAUCCCAGCACUUGGGAGGCGAGAGGACCAGAAGUUCAGCUAUAAAAGGAGUACGAGGCCAGGCUGUCGCAAAAACCAAAAUAAAUAAAUAUAAAUACAAACAAAAAAGGGAAGUAACAGGAAAACAGUGCGCCAGAUUUGGGUGUUAUUUAAGUAGAAUUUAGGCAACUUUGGGGAGUGAAGAAGUCCUCUGAACUUGGACCACAUCCUAGUGUGUUUACUGUCUCAACUGCCUUGGGUGUGGGUACACCAAGACCCGGGUCCCAGGGCGGUAGUCUAGGAAAGCUGUGGAUUCUUCUUCCCCUGGUUACACUUUUACUUCUUCCGAAGGUUGCCUCUGGAGGAGGGGUAGAAUUCCCUAAAGAGCUGCCGCCUCUUCCCCAAGCCACUGGGUUCCUACCUAAUUGAAUUUCACAGCCAGAGUGACACUGGUCCGGAUCCCUGCGGGAGGUUUAGGGAGGUUUAACAAGUGAGUAAGCGAUCCCCAGGAGCGGGCGGCGCUCCCAGGCGUUCGUUUUAAGAACAGGAUACUUCUGUUUCUUUCUUGCCUACAAUAAAUAUUUUGCUUUGUGCACUUGCGCGCAGGCGCCCGCAGAGGCCAGGAGACUUCCGAUUCCUUUGGAACUGGGGGAGUGGGGGUUAACAGGAGAUUGUAAGCCACCCGCUGUGGGUGCUGGAACUAAAUUCAGGUCCUCUGCAAGAAGAGUGCAGAUUCUUAACUGCUGAACACCGUCUCCAGCUCAAAUGAUCAGCUCAUUUUAAAAUUGUCUGUGGUGUUGAGAGUGAGAUGGCCCCUAAGGGAAUCGGCAUCACAGGGGAAACCACAGUGGUUCCUUUAGAGUCUGGUCCAGCCUGACCUCCAUCACUUCUAGUUUGAAACCCCACGUGUGUCAGAGGUCAGACACAACAGGAAGUCCAUAGACACACUUUCUCCACGACCCGCUUCAAAACAAGGAGAAAAAAUAAAAAAGACAACGGUAAUGACAGAGAGCGGCAGUGUGGCCGACGUGGGGCUGUGGUGACGGAGACAGCGAGAGAGGAGAGACUAGAGGCUCUGAGUAAGCGGCCAAAGGAAAGAUCAUUUUCCUGGGAAGUAAAACCAAGGCACAAAAGUUACAUGGUCCCGAGUGUCGACCUGCAAUGAACACGGAUCUCAAAGUACCCAGCCUGACGCCUGAUUGGAGGUUGUGAUUCCGUUAGGGAAAUGAAUAAACUCGAUUUUUCUCCCCGCAUCCCUAACAGAAUUUACAUCCCAAGGGCCAAGACACCUGCUAGCUUGACACCCGC